AAAGAAAUUAAGGAAAGGAAAAGACACAGCAAGUCCAAUUCUUUAAAUUUGAACAGACAAAAAUUGGGGACGAAAUAUACAAUUUUACUUCUCUUACGCUUGCAAGAAUUGUAAUCAAAAUUAUUCAAAAACUAUCAAAUCAUACUUUGAUUUCCAUUCUCUCUCUCUCUCUCUUGACACUGCUCAAUAAGAAAUAGCUUGCUUGAAUAAAAGGAACCAACUAUAAUAACUAUGGCGAACAAUGCGGCAGCUUGUGCCGAGAGGGCUACAAGUGACAUGUUGAUCGGCCCCGACUGGGCUAUUAAUAUCGAGCUUUGUGAUUAUAUCAAUAUGGAUCCCGGGCAAGCAAAGGAGGCCCUGAAAGUACUCAAGAAGCGACUAGGAAGCAAAAAUCCUAAGAUACAACUUUUGGCACUUUUUGCACUGGAGACUGUCAGCAAAAACUGUGGUGAGAAUAUAUUUCAGCUGAUCAUUGAGCGUGAUAUCCUACAUGAUAUGGUGAAAAUAGUGAAGAAGAAGCCAGAUUUGAAUGUGAGGGAAAAGAUACUGAUUUUGAUAGACGCAUGGCAAGAAGCUUUUGGGGGUGCAAGGGGAAGGUAUCCCCAAUACUAUGCUGCAUACAAUGAACUAAGGGCUGCUGGAGUAGAGUUCCCUCCCCGAGCAGAAAACAGUGUACCACUCUUUACUCCUCCCCAAACACAGCCAAUAGUACAUGCUCCUUCGUCAUAUGAAGAAGCUGCUAUACAGGCCUCUCUUCAGUCUGAAGAUGCUUCUGGUCUAAGCUUGCCGGAGAUGCAAACUGCCCAGGGACUAUCAGAUGUGUUAAUGGAAAUGCUUGCUGCCUUGGAUCCUAGGAACCCUCAGGCUGUCAAAGAAGAAGUAAUUGUUGACCUUGUUGAUCAGUGUCGUUCGUACCAAAAGCGCGUCAUGUUUCUUGUGAACAGUACGGUUGAUGAGGAGCUCUUGUGUCAGGGAUUGGCAUUGAAUGACAACUUACAGCGCGCGCUUAGCCGGCAUGAUGAUAUUGCCAAAGGAGCUUCUCCUGCGGCUGAAAGGCCAGUAGACACUCCGGUUGUGCCUCUUGUUAGUAUCAACCAUGAGGAUGACGACUCCGAAGAUGACUUUUCCCAGCUGGCUCACAGGUCAUCAAGAGAAAGUUCACAAGGACAGGGCAAGAAACCGGUCAGCGUUAGAACUAUUAGCCCGCUGCUUCCUCCUCCUCCUGCAUCAAAGAAGCCAGUCAGUUCCGAGUCUGGCAUGAUUGAUUACCUCAGCGGUGAAGCCUACAAGUCUCAAGGUUCUUCUCAGAAGUUGGAGCCCGCACCCUUUACAGCUCCAAUUCAUUCCACCACAAACUCCUCACCUCCAUAUUCUCCACCUUUACCUUCAUCGUCUCCUCCUUCUCAUGCGGCGAACUCAUCACUCACCGGGCAUCCUGUAUACGAUGAACCACCUCCAUUAAGCAAAUCUCCGGAGGGGUUGCCUACAGCUCCUUGGGAUUCUCCUCCUGGUUCUCUUCCACCUCCUCCUUCCAGAUUCAAUCAGAGACAGCAAUACUUCGACCAACAUGGUUCUGUGGGUGGGGCCUCUCAUUCAAGUAGUGGAUCGGGUUCCUCUUAUGAUAGCUUGGUCGGUCAAACCCAGAAUCUUUCGCUUAAUUCGUCUACACCAACCAAACAAACAAAACCUGAAGAUGCUCUUUUCCAGGAUCUGGUUGAUUUUGCUAAAGCCAAGUCGUCGUCUUCAACAUCCAAACCCAAUAAUAGAUCGUUUUGAUCAUCAGUAAAGGUCGUCUAUAUUGGUACAGGUUUUGAAUACUUAUUAGAUGAUGAGGUUCCGCUUCGGACGAUGAGAUUUGUUUAGCAGUAAAAUAAAUGUCGGGUUUGAACUUUUGGGUUAUGGGUUUAUGUUGAGAUGAACUGCUUUAUGAAUUAAAUUUGGUACAUAAAUCUUAGAAUGAGCUUGUAUCAUAUUGCUCUUUCAGUCUUUUUUCUUCUUUUGAACAAAAGGAAAUUUGAUUUUAUUUUUUAUUUCUGCUAAGAUGAGCACCUGUCCUUGUA